AAAAAAAAAGAAGACGAACGACGUCGUGCGCUCACAGCUGCAGCCGCGCGCGCACACACACACACACACGCACACAAAAAACAAGGAAAUCGGGUGAAAUUGAACCAACGUCACGUCGCCGUUACUUGAACAAAGCAGCGGCGCCCGCCAACUAUUGAUUGAGAUCACAACUGAGGCUGGACUUUUUUUUUUUUUUUUGGAAAGGGGGAGUGUGAAGUUCUCCCUCUCCGACCCGCACACGCCGUCUUUGGACAGACUUCGACGACCGCUGUCAUCAAACUCUGGAUUAUUGACGUACAAAGCAACUUUUUUUUUAGUUAGUUAGCUCAAGUGCUAACCAACUAAAUACCCCCCCCCCCCAAAAAAAAAAAAAAUAAGAGGAAAAGUUUCCGCUGUCCACGAUGUCUGGGAGCGAGGACGACAGAGACGACUACGGAGCCCCCCCGCCGGAGGAGCGCUUAAUGCACGACGACGAGGACGAGGAUAUUUCGGAGAAUGAGACUCAGAAGGUGAUGAAGAAAAAGAAGAAGGCCAAGAAGAGCAGAGAGAGUAAAGGCAGCAAGAGGCGCUCACGCAGAGAGGAACUCCCCGUCAGCUCCCCCGAGCACAUGGACGUGGCCGAGGGUGAGGCGGACGGCGGCGGCGGUGGGGGCGGCGGCGGCGGCCAAGCGCAGCGCUCCGACAGCGAGGGGAGCGACUACACGCCGGGGCGCAAGAAGAAGAAGCGGGCCAGCAGCAGCAAAGAGAAGAAGCGCAGCGGGGCCGAGCGCAGUUCGUCCAAGAAGAAGGAGCCCGAGCCGGAGGAGGAAGACGAGGACGACGACGACGACGACUUCUCGGAGCCCAAGUCGUCGUCCCAGCUGCUGGAGAACUGGGGCAUGGAAGACAUCGAUCACAUUUUCACAGAGGAGGACUACCGCUCGCUGACAAACUACAAGGCCUUCAGUCAGUUUGUCAGGCCGCUCAUCGCCGCCAAGAACCCCAAAAUCGCCGUGUCCAAAAUGAUGAUGGUUCUCGGCGCCAAGUGGCGGGAGUUCAGCACCAACAACCCCCUGAGGGGAGCCGCGGCCGCCAACGCCGCCCUGGCGACGGCAAACGUACCCGCCGCCGUCGACACCAUGGUGGCCGAGGCCGCCCCGCCCCCCGCCGCCGUCGUCCCCGCGGAGCCCCAGCAGCCCCCCGCGCCGCCUCUCCGCAAGGCCAAGACCAAAGAAGGCAAAGGUCCCAACGCCCGCAAAAAGUCGAAAGCGUCGCAGAAACAAGAGAAAAAGAACAACACAAAGACCAAGAAAGUGGCUCCUCUUAAAAUCAAGCUGGGAGGCUUCAACAGCAAGAGGAAACGCUCAUCGAGCGAAGAGGACGAGCCCGACGUGGACAGCGACUUUGAGGACGGCAGCAUGAACAGCGUCGCCGUCUCCGAAGGCUCCAACAGCCGCAUCGGCCGCGGCAAAAAGAAGCCGUCGUCCAAGGCCAAGCCCAAGAGGAAGAAAACCGAGGACGCGGACGGCUACGAGACGGACCACCAGGACUACUGCGAGGUGUGUCAGCAGGGCGGCGAGAUCAUCCUGUGCGACACGUGUCCAAGAGCCUACCACAUGGUCUGCCUGGACCCUGACAUGGAGAAAGCACCCGAGGGCACCUGGAGCUGUCCGCACUGCGAGAAGGAGGGCAUCCAGUGGGAGGCCAAGGAGGAGGUGUCGGAAGGCGAGGAGGACAACGGCGACGGCGGCGAGAUGGAGGAGGACGACCACCACAUGGAGUUCUGCAGGGUGUGCAAGGACGGAGGCGAGCUCCUCUGCUGCGACUCGUGCCCGUCGUCCUACCACAUCCACUGCCUCAACCCCCCGCUGCCCGAGAUCCCCAACGGGGAGUGGAUCUGCCCGCGCUGCCUGUGCCCCCCCAUGAAAGGGAAGGUCCAGAAGAUCUUGACGUGGCAGUGGGGAGAACCUCCUCCCCCGACGCCCGUACCCCGGCCGCCGGACCUCCCGGCGGACGCGCCCGACCCCGCCCCGCUGGCAGGGCGGCCCGAGCGAGAGUUCUUCGCCAAGUGGUUCAACAUGUCCUACUGGCACUGCUCUUGGGUGACCGAGCUGCAGCUGGAGCUCCACUGUCAGGUGAUGUUCAGGAACUACCAGAGGAAGAACGACAUGGACGAACCGCCGCCCAUCGACUUUGGCGACGGCGAUGAAGACAAGAGCGACAAGAGGAAGAACAAGGACCCCAUUUACGCACAGCUGGACGAGAAGUUCCUCCGGUUUGGAAUUAAGAUGGAAUGGCUGAUGAUCCACCGCAUCCUCAACCACAGCGUGGACCGAAAGAACAACGUGCACUACCUGAUCAAGUGGCGAGAGCUGGCGUACGACCAGGCCACCUGGGAGGCGGACGACAUGGACGUUCCCGAGUUCGACGCGUACAAGCUGCAGUACUGGAACCACAGAGAGCUCAUGAUGGGUGACGACGGCAAGCCCGGGAAGAAGAUCAAGGUGAAAGGACGCGUGAAGCGCCCCGACAGACCGCCGGAGAACCCCGUUGUCGAUCCCACCAUCAAGUUUGAGCGCCAGCCCGAGUACCUGGACAGCACGGGCGGCACGCUGCACCCCUACCAGUUGGAGGGCCUCAACUGGCUGCGCUUUUCCUGGGCGCAGGGGACCGACACCAUCUUGGCGGACGAGAUGGGGCUGGGAAAGACCGUCCAGACCGCCGUCUUCCUCUACUCGCUGUACAAAGAGGGUCACUCCAAGGGUCCCUUCCUCGUCAGCGCGCCACUUUCCACCAUCAUCAACUGGGAGAGGGAGUUUGAGAUGUGGGCGCCCGACAUGUACGUGGUGACGUACGUGGGGGACAAGGACAGCAGGGCCGUCAUCAGGGAGAACGAGUUCUCCUUCGAGGACAACGCCAUCCGGGGAGGGAAGAAAGCCUCCAGGAUGAAGAAAGAUUCAUCCAUCAAGUUCCACGUCUUGCUGACAUCCUACGAGCUGAUCACCAUCGACAUGGCCAUCCUGGGCUCCAUCGACUGGGCCUGUUUGGUGGUGGACGAGGCUCAUAGGCUGAAGAACAACCAGUCCAAGUUUUUCCGCGUCUUGAACAACUACCCCCUCCAACACAAGCUGCUGCUCACCGGAACGCCGCUGCAGAACAACUUGGAAGAACUUUUCCACCUGCUCAACUUCCUCACGCCGGAGAGGUUCAGCAACCUGGAGGGCUUCCUGGAGGAGUUCGCCGACAUCGCCAAAGAGGACCAGAUCAAGAAGCUGCACGACAUGCUGGGCCCGCACAUGCUCAGGAGGCUCAAGGCGGACGUCUUCAAGCACAUGCCCUCCAAGACGGAGCUCAUCCUCCGCGUGGAGCUCAGCCCGCAGCAAAAGAAAUACUACAAAUUCAUCCUGACCAGGAACUUUGAAGCUCUCAACACCAAAGGAGGCGGCAACCAGGUUUCGCUGCUCAAUGUGGUCAUGGACCUGAAGAAGUGCUGCAACCACCCCUUCCUCUUCCCCGGAGCGGCAAUGGAGGCCCCCAAGUUGCCCAACGGGAUGUACGACGGCAGCUCGCUCAUCAAGGCGGCCGGGAAGCUGAUGCUGUUGCAGAAGAUGAUGCGGAAGCUGAAGGACGGAGGACACCGAGUGCUCAUCUUCUCACAGAUGACCAAGAUGUUGGACCUCCUGGAGGACUUCCUGGAGAACGAGGGCUACAAGUACGAGCGCAUCGACGGCAGCAUCACGGGAGGGAUGAGACAGGAGGCCAUCGACCGCUUCAACGCUCCCGGCGCUCAGCAGUUCGCCUUCCUACUGUCCACCAGGGCCGGAGGUCUGGGGAUCAACCUCGCCACCGCCGACACCGUCAUCAUCUACGACUCGGACUGGAAUCCUCACAAUGACAUCCAGGCGUUCAGCAGAGCUCAUCGAAUCGGUCAGAACAAAAAAGUCAUGAUCUACCGCUUCGUCACCAAGGCCUCAGUGGAGGAGAGGAUCACGCAGGUGGCCAAGAAGAAGAUGAUGCUCACCCACCUGGUGGUCCGGCCCGGACUCGGCUCCAAGACGGGCUCCAUGUCCAAGCAGGAACUGGACGACAUUCUCAAGUUCGGCACCGAGGAGCUCUUCAAAGACGAGGGCGAGGGCGACAACAAGGAGGAGGACAGCAGCGUCAUCCACUACGACGACAAGGCCAUCGACCGGCUGCUGGACAGGAACCAGGACGCCACCGACGACACGGAGCUGCAGAGCAUGAACGAGUACCUGAGCUCCUUCAAGGUGGCGCAGUACGUGGUGAAGGACGAGGAUGAAGAGGAGGAGGAGGUGCAGCGCGAGAUCAUCAAGCAGGAGGAGAGCGUGGACCCCGACUACUGGGAGAAGUUGUUGCGCCACCAUUACGAGCAGCAGCAGGAGGACUUGGCCCGCAACCUGGGAAAGGGCAAGCGCAUCCGCAAGCAGGUCAACUACAACGACGGCUCGCAGGAGGACAGAGCCGACUGGCAGGACGACCAGUCGGACGGCCAGUCGGAUUACUCCGUGGCGUCCGAGGAGGGAGACGAGGACUUUGACGAGCGAUCGGAAGCCAAUUCACGCAGACCGAGCAGGAAGGGGCUGAGGAACGACAAAGACAAGCCACUGCCCCCCCUGCUGGCCAGGGUGGGAGGCAACAUUGAGGUGCUGGGCUUCAACUCCCGGCAGAGGAAGGCCUUCCUGAACGCGGUGAUGCGUUACGGCAUGCCGCCGCAGGACGCCUUCACCACGCAGUGGUUGGUCCGAGACCUGCGAGGGAAGUCGGAGAAAGAGUUCAAGGCCUACGUGUCUCUGUUCAUGCGGCACCUCUGCGAACCCGGCGCCGACGGCGCCGAGACCUUCGCCGACGGCGUCCCCAGGGAAGGGCUGUCGCGGCAACACGUGCUCACGCGCAUCGGCGUCAUGUCGCUCAUCCGCAAGAAGGUUCAGGAGUUCGAGCACGUCAACGGCCAGUGGUCGCUGCCGUGGAUGGCCGAGCUGGAGGAGAACAAGCGGGCCGCUCAGCCCGACUCGCCCGGGAAGACGCCGUCCACGGGGACGCCCGCCGACACGCAGCCCAACACGCCCGCUGCGGUCGACGAGUCGAAAGGCGACGAGGCCGUCAGGGACGGAGACAGAGACGUGAAGAAAGACGGCGAGGCCGACAACAACGGCAGAGACGCCGCAAAGAACGCCGGCGAAGUCAUCGCCAUCCCCGACGAUGACGACGACGACGACGACAAGAGUCCGUCAGAGGACAAGAAGGCGGACGAGGCCGCCGAAGCCGACAAGGCCGCCAACGGAGAAGCCGAGAGCGCCAAGGACGGCGAUGGCGACAAGAAGAGUCCGCGAGGCAGAGACGACAACGGCUCUCCUGCGGAGGCCAGGAGCCUCGGACCCGAGUCCAAAAGUCAAGACCCUGACGUCAAAGGUGAACCUUUUUCAAAUCGCACUUUUGGGUUUUCAACAACACAGCCUACGAAGCUCCGACAUCAAUUUUUCGUUUUGUCGUUUCCCCCAGAAGACAAAUCCGAGAAGAUGGACACGACUCCGCCCGGAGACGACAAGAAAGCCGCCAAAGAGGAGAAAGCCGACGAGGCCCCCAAGCUGCAGAACGGCGACGCCGGUAAGGAGAGCGCCGCCGCCAUCGAGGAGAAGAAGAAGGCCAAGGGUCGCUUCAUGUUCAACAUUGCCGACGGCGGAUUCACAGAGCUUCACUCGCUAUGGCAAAACGAAGAGCGUGCCGCCACAGUCACCAAAAAGACCAACGAGAUCUGGCACCGUCGCCAUGACUACUGGCUGCUCGCCGGAAUCAUCCAACACGGCUACGCCCGCUGGCAGGACAUCCAGAACGACGUCAAGUUCGCCAUCCUCAACGAGCCUUUCAAAGGCGAGAUGAACCGCGGCAACUUCCUGGAGAUCAAGAACAAGUUCCUGGCCAGGAGGUUCAAGCUCUUGGAGCAGGCGCUGGUGAUCGAGGAGCAGCUGCGUCGCGCCGCCUACCUCAACAUGUCGGAGGACCCCUCGCACCCCUCCAUGGCCCUCAACACGCGCUUCAGCGAGGUGGAGUGUCUGGCCGAGUCGCACCAGCACCUCAGCAAAGAGUCCAUGUCGGGGAACAAGCCGGCCAACGCCGUCCUGCACAAAGUGCUGAAGCAGCUGGAGGAGCUCCUGAGCGACAUGAAGGCGGACGUGACGCGCCUCCCGGCGACCAUCGCCCGGAUACCGCCGGUGGCCGUGCGGCUGCAGAUGUCGGAGAGGAACAUCCUGAGCCGCCUCGCCAGCCGAGGACCCGACACGCAGACUCAGGCGCAGACGCAACAGUUGUCUCAGCAGCAGCAGUAGACGGACGGACGGACGACGCUCAGCUCUUUACCUCUACCCCCCAUCCCCACAACCACAUUCCUGAUUGGCAACAGACUGUGCACCCACACUUGAAGCCACGCCCAGCUAGCCCCCCCCCCCCAACACAGACUUUGUUCCCCCGGAGGACUGAAACAUGGACGGACUUCCUUCCCGAACGUUUGAGGCUGUGGGCACAAAAGCAAUUUUUAGUUUUUAUUUUUUUUUCUCCUUUUUUUUCAACUUCUGGAUUAAUAUUAUUGAUAUAAUGUUAUUAAGAUGUUUUUUUUUUUUGUUUUGUUUUCCGUUUUUAUUUUUAUUUUUU